UCGACGCACUAAAUACGUUCGCUUGUCAGGUGAUUAGAGCACUACUGACAUUUAUUCAUUAGUAAACCCCAUCAAGUCAACCGUGACAGUCCUUCUGUAAACGCUAAUAAUACGAGUGACAGAAAACUGUGACAUCCAUGGUUUUGGAAACUUCGAGCACGUUAUGAAGAAGACUGUCACGAGACAUUAUCUUUUCUAUUCUCGCAGCUCGCAUUGAUUCCCACCCCCGUCUAUUCGGAUGUGUUAUGUAAGCUCGUGCCGUAGUAGCGGUAGUUUUCACGUAUAGUGAACCGAAGGGAGAUCGGUUGAAACGGCUCGUUGUUUUAACUGUAUCGUCGGGAACAAGACGAUACUGAUAUCGUUUUGGACAUGAUGAUAUCUCUAAGUGAUACUGUCAGGCGUGUUGUGCAUCAUAACAUGAAAAUUAGAUGAAUCAUACUUUAGUGAUUUUGGAGUUAAAGGCGGACAGGUCUUACUUCAGUGAAAGUCCUCGCGUAAGUUAAUACACGACGGACAUCAUGGUUGUACCUGGUUCAGAUCUUUCGAUCACAGGUGUGAAUGGAACUGGUUUUCGUCAGGUACAUCUCCAACAAAGCGUAACAAUGUUGGCCUACAUGGACCAGACAGCAGGUAACAUAACAGAAAUGCCACAAGUUGUUUAUAAAUGGCACCUCGACAAGAAUUUCACGAUAUUUUUUGGUGCAGCCAUAGGGGCUCUAGGUCUUUGUGUGGUUCUGGUCGUAGCUAUUUUAAUAUGGAACUGUUGCUACCAAAGAACGCUGAGACAGAAGUUCAGUUUAACUGAAGAAAAAGAACCGAAAUGUGUACGAGAAAGCGAAUCGGGGAUGGUGCAAAGUGAAUCCGUGGUAUUUUUGGGAAGUAAUUCAACUCAGCAAUGCAUGACUCACGUAAUUGAAGGCGACAAACUCUUUGAAUUGUCCUCGCCAGAAGACCCAGUAAAAGAAAAAUUAGAGAUCAGUAUGUCACAGUCUGUGAUCGAACGCCCGCGAAGGCAACCUUUACAACUCUCGCCUGUCCAUCUCGACAAGUUUCAACUUUAUCCUGAGAAAGACAUCGAAACAUCUUCGGCACGUGGGAGUACCGGUCACGCCCUCUCUCGGAUACCUGAAAUUAACAUCCAUGGUCGUAAAUAUCUUUCGGAUCUGCCAAACUUUGGAGAGUGUACAUCUUACGAAGUUCUAAACAACCCCAAACAUUUCAACCGCUUACGGAUUGUCAACCAAGAGGUAACGAUGAAAACUAGAAGUCUACCAUUGUGGGGUCGUUCGAGGCAAACGUCCGAUGAUGAUGGCCAUAGUGAGCUGUUUUCAGGAGUAAGUAGACCUUAG